AGAGGGGAGAUCAUCUCUUGUGUUUUUAUCAUCCCUGUCAAACUUUUUAACCUAACAGACUCUGAGAAAACUGUCACACAAGCGAUAUUCUACCAGCAACAUUUGGAACCACCAAGCUGUCAACGCACACAAUGUUUCCUCCCACUUCUUUACCCAGUGGACUGCUUGAAUGAAGUUCACAGUCCUUGAAUAUCUACAAAGUUGAAUUAAAGGCAUUCUCCACUUGACAAUGCCAAAGAGCUCAUUUUAAAUCAGAGCCAGUGCAAUGGGAGUUAAGCAGUUCUCACCAUUUCUUACUCAUUGGAAUUGUGCAAUAUGAUUUCAAUCUGAAAAUUCAGUGAAUGCUUUAAUGAAAGUCGGAUAUUUCUCAAAAAGCGGAUUGCCUUUAAAAAGGAGGAGCACAAACCUACGGCGACACGCAUAGGAAUUCAUCUUUAAUUUGACGUAAUGCCUUUAUUUUGUUUCAGAACAUGGCGUGAAAUAUUCUAAUCUCCAUAUUGAGCCGCCUCCCGACCCUUCCUCGAAUCCAAGCACGUCGUUAAUGUGCAUUUACAUUUAACUGCCUAUAAUAUAGAAGUAUAGCGGUGUCGGCUAUUAGUGUGCCUGAUAAAUGUCAUCAGAGAGCUAAUGAGUACAUUAGCUCAAAAAGAACCAUUGAUCUGGUUCCAAUUAUAUGAGCUGACGGAAGGAUUUUUAAAAUGUAAGUUAACUUGUCAGACAAAGCCUGCUUGAGGCUGGUGGCGCCAUGCGUUAACAGUGCCGUUCACCAUAUAAAUCAUGGUACAUUUUUCUAAUAAUUAUUAAAUUAAUUUGUAUAAUUUUACGGGAAAAGAUUUAUUCUCUUUGUCAAUCUUUUACCUCUUUGUAGACGCAUGCACGCACACUAUGUAACUGUGUACAAUGAUGCGUUGGCGGAUGGUCAUUCAUUACCUGGUAGAAAGUGGAACUGAUGCUGGCAUUUAGUUCCGGACAACAUAAUAAUCCAAGCUAAUUAAUCAGUGUAGACAGCCGCAGAAACAUAGAUUGAGAGUUGUGCUACACCUCCAGUGCCACGUGGACCACGUUUAUACUUUAGAAUACUCCUCACUUCACUUCACUUCAUAGUCAUUGGAUAUUCAUUCAUCAGACCAGAGAGAGACACUCUGUUCUGAAUGAAUCACCCAAAUCACCACCACAGCAAUAUCAUGUGAGACCCAUUUAGUCUGAUGUGAUGGCAUUUAAGACAAUAAACUAACAACAGAAAUACUUCUAUACAAACAAAUACUUAACUGUCCCGAAAACACAAAACUAAUUCUAUAUUGGAUUUUUUUUAAUGGUAAAACUGAUGUUUUUACUUAAUAUUUAAACAUUCCGUCAACACUUAAUAAUCUUAAAUCAUCUAGUUUUCACUCUCAUUAACAUGAUUGUGCAGUAAAGGAAACUGAAAUGUAGUUCAUAGAUUCAGACAGUUUUCCGGUGAGACUUCAAAUGAAGAUUUAGUAACUCGGGUGACCAACGAACCAAUGAGCGCCAUGACGAAAUGAUGAAGUCGUCGUGGCACUGGAAACCGCAAGGUUGAUGGUUCGAGUCCCAGCUGCCCCAUGUGCUAAGUCGAAGUGUCCCUGAGCAAGGACCCCUAACCCCUAAUUGCUCCCCAGACUAAAAUGCAAAUAGCCACGAACACACACACCUACAGGUAAUUUAAGUCCUGAGUGCAGAACGUGGCUUUAUGGUGUUGAUCUAGUUAAACAUAGAACAAGUUAUCUGCUUAGUUUUUAUAAAACAAUCCAAACUGUUUGCUGUUGAUCUUAUUUGUGCUCGCAAAGGGCUGUGACCUCACCAGUUCAACCUUGAUGAAUCAACUAACAAAAACCUUCCACCUGGGCUGGUGGAGCUGCUCAGUGAUCAACUAUUAGGAAGAAUGUGAAGAGGUGGAACUGUAUGCUCUUCAGUACAAAUAACUCAUUUACUAAAUGGAAUAAUUACCACUGUAUUUCUUCAUUUAGCAAUAAGGCUCCAUAAAAAGAUGCAAAGGGGCGACCAACAUAAAGCAGCACGGGCAAAGGAGGCGGAGUUAUUAAGUUAUAUGUGUUCUGUCUAAGGUGUAAAUCAGCCAUGAAAUGCUGUAUGCUUCACAGAGAAGUAAUUGACUAGAGAACAUUUGUAAAACACCAGCUGGCAGGGAACACAUGGUUUAUAUUUUUCUUUUCCAACUUGUUUAGAUUGGCUUAAAAUAUGCAUUUUUUGAUGAAUUCCAGGUGUCGAUUGUAUCAGAGAAAAUGCAAUUGAUUAAACCUGUGUUAAAUUAAAAUUGAGUUAGUAAAAAAGGUUUUUAUUCCUUAAAGUAAGAUGUAACAUUCAAUUUCUGCCAGUGGAUUCCCAAAUGCAACACAUUCUACCUUUGAUAAGUUAACCAAAAACUGAGAGGAAAUAAAGCUGUUUUACUUGUGAGGUGAAAACAAAGAACUUUAUUUUUUGCCCAUGUAAUUAGGAGAUGCUCCUGUGAAACUUUAGUCUUCGUUGAAGUUAGCGGAGUUCCUAAUGAGCUACAUGACUGCGUAUUAAAUAGCCAAAUCAUUAAUAUGUAUAUCCAAAGGUCAAUUGAGUCAGGCUUUGUUAAAUGCAUGAUGCUAAUGUGCCUGUUAUCCAAUUGUGUCUAUUUUUCUCCUCCUUGCAACCCACUUUUCUUGCUUUCAUUCUCUAGUUUGGCUUUGACCUUUGUGAAAAGUGUUGACGGCAGAUACAUCUUUAAGGCCUGUAAUGAAGACCUAAUGAAAAGUACAAACAAGUGGCAUAAGUGCAUGAAUGAAUGAGUCCACUGAGUGACUGGACCUGAAUGUGUAAUAUGCAGCAGACCGCAGUUUACCGACUGUCAUCUUCCAGGUUCACAAGGCUGCAGCUCGAUGAUUAAUGCAUGAGGCGGUUUAACGCCGGCUUGUAGCAGAGACUCCUGAUUGUGCUUCUCCCACUAUUUGGCAAGACACAAGUCUCUGCAGCAGGGACAGUUUUGCAGCAAAUUUCUGUCAAUAGACUUUAAAUAUGCAAUCUACAUGUCAAACUUAAUUAGUAAAGUAUGAUUUAAUUGUGUAAAACUAGGAAUCAGUUAUUUCACUUCCCAAUUAAUUCUCUUAGUUUUACAUUGAUUGUAAAAACAAUUUUCUUUGCAGCGAUUGAAGCUUUGUGGAAAAUGAGCAUUAUUUUUUACUCUGCAUUAAUUAAUUGGGCUCAUCUGAGACUGGGAGCUGCUAUCAGUUCCAAAAUAAUAUAUGAAACAGCACUUGAACUCUUGAACUAAACUAAAGAUAUCGGCCCUUCUUAGUAUUCCAGAUGGUUCCCUGUGUAGACACCUAACACCUAAAAGGCUUAAUAGUGACACUUAAGAUGUUGUCUUUCUCAUGUUGACAAUAAUAAAACAAACUAGGAAGCGUAAAAGCAAAGGACAUCUUGAUGUUACUGCUCUGCAUGUUUCAGUCACAGCCGGACCCUGCAAGCAUGGAAAUAUUUCAAACAAAAAGCUCUGGUAACUGUAGCUUACAAGCAAUGUCACAGUGUCACCAGAAGGUGGUGAUUGCAGAUUACAGAGGCCGAGCAAGCUGACAUAUUUUGUUUCAUCGAGAUUUAUUCUUCUGGUAGACCAACAUUUAUUUAAUUUUUGUUUUGUUUCUAUUUGGCUGCCCCAAAAAAUACUGAUAUUAUAAUGCAAGGCUGAAGUACUAUCUUCUUUAUUUUAUUUCUUAUUCUAUCUAUUGCACUUGCUUACAUUGUAAACACACAGGACACCAUGUCAGAAUGUGAACUAAAUACUCCCAAAAGAGCCACCUGUGACCUUAAGCCACUUUGUAAAGGUUUAUUUUCACUCUUGACGCCGAUGACACAGACCAGAUGUCAACACUCUGGUUUACUGUUGGACCGUGUGGUGUGGGGUCUGUGCGGAGGUGCUGGUAUGGCAGCAUCUGUCACUAGUGUUUGUGUGGCAGGGCCCCCACUAGUGUUUUAUUGUCUGAGUGACCACACUGAAACAUAGGAAGAAAAUCCUCACGUUUAAACUAACAAUAUACCAUGAAUGGUGUCUCUGGUAUUUUUCAAAAGCCCGGCUGAGACCAAAAGGAACAAGCUUAAAUAAAGAUCUAAAACAAAAUAUGAUGUGUAAAAUGUAAAAGAAAAUAAGUUAAAUAGAUGAAUAAUGAAUUAAAAAAGAAAAUGUGUUGCGUGUGUGUAUCAGAGAAAUCAUUUACAGAAAUUAAUCAAUGCAACUACUUUCACAUUUCGAAAAAAUGAUCAUCAGAAAUGCAGAAAACUGAAGCUUUGAGUGGAGCAACCAUAGACAUAUAUAAAGGACAUAUAACUUUUAUAUAUGUCUAUGGGAGCAACCCAUUUGAGGAUUGAGAAAGAGUAUAAAAAGACAAACAAAGCGUCAAAAUAAAGACUAAAGAUAUGUAUCCAAUUACUGGAAAUGUCCGUGAUUGUUACAUUAUCGUACCCUGUUCUCUUAAUUUAUCUUGAAAAAUAUCAGUACUUUCAUGCAGCUGAAGCAAAUAUAAUUCACAAUAAUAUCAGCGUUUGCUUUUGUGUCAAUAAAUUCAGAGACCGUAGGUUUAACUGGAUGUGAUUGUCAACAACUACCAAUCGGUUUUAUUUAGACGGGCAACUUUUUAUUAUUAUUAUAAGUAAGUCGUUUUUAAAACAUUAAACACUUCAAUGUGAUGAAGUUUCUGGCUUUUUUAAACUUUUUUUUAUUUAUUUAAAAUGCAACGUAAAUAUCCACGCAAACAGAAUCCUUGUUGAAAUGGCGCACAAAUAGCCUACCUAUUAGAAAUGGUUGGAUGUUGAGGUUUCGGUGUCCUUGGCCAGCGGGUGGCAGCGGAGCUCCAUCACGCGGAGGCACCAUCCUAAUAAACGGCAACGUCCGUUUAUUAGGAUUCUCCAUCCGCUCGUCACCCUCACAGAUCAUCACUUUCUUACUUACUAAAUCAUGUUUGAAUAGCGAGGCUGUCAGCCCGCGUGCCAAAACACCACAACCAACCUUAAAAACACACUAUUCUUAUUUAUCUCACACACACUUUAUUAUUGCUAUUAAUUUAACGUUACAUACCCGAAUAAAUACUUGGUUAGUAAAUGUAUUCAACUCGGGUGUGUUACACGCGUAUUUGUUGCAAACGCACAAGGAGGGAGUCAAUGAGUGAGUGUCAUUUUGGACCGUUUGGUUCUCUCCAUCUGGCAACCUGCGCGCAGCCUCCGGUGCGCGCGUCAGGACACCGACUCCGUGCGCCCUCCGUGCGCCGCGGAAAUGCUCAAAAGGCACCAGCUGAAAGCUCUGGUGAACGAGCGGCUGGAAGCCGCUGCUGAGGAAAUAUUCCGUAUCUUUGAGACAACCAUCAGAGACUAUGAGGCGAUCGUUUUGCGGUCAAAACAGGAGGUGGACCAACAACAAAGCCGGCUGGCAGGUGGAAAGGCUCUGUGCAGCUCUCUGUCCGAGAAGAAGACCUCUUCCCCUCCCUCUGAGCAAUGUCCCUUUGAUAAGAAGACUGACCUGUGUGAGGAUGACCAGGAGCCCCCUCGGAUUGAAGGGGAGCAGCGAGAGCUGUGGAGAGCUCAGGCAGUUCACAACCAGCAGGAGGAAGCGGACACAAAAGACUCUAUAUCAUUUAUAUGCAAAAGGCCGGAUGACAAUGCACAACAGUUCCCACACGAUAACCCUGAGGCUGCAGAGAAUGCGGAGCCCACCAGCUCCCACGCACAGUUGAAAUCAGAACCCGAUAAAGAAGUCCGUGAUGCAUCAGAGCCAACCAGGGACUGCCAGAUGAGUGAAGUAAGUGACGAUGCAGGGAGAGUCUGUGGAGGAUUUGACUCCGGUGGAAACAGGAAGAAACCCUGGCGAGGUGGUGACGAGACAGCAGACAGGCCGCACACCUGCAGCAUUUGCAACAAGAACUUCCGGAUUAAAUCCAUUCUAACUCGCCACAUGAAGACGCACACGGGAGAGAAACCUUACAGUUGCGGCGUUUGUGAUAAAAGCUUCAUCCAGCGCUCCUAUCUACACACUCACAUGAAUUCUCACUCUGGAAAGAAACCACACACGUGUAGUUUUUGUGGCAGAGGCUUCACACAAGUGGGAAACAUGAACGCGCACAUACGGAUCCACACGGGAGAGAAACCUCACAGCUGCGCCGACUGUGGUAAAAGUUUUAGAGAGAAAGCGGAUCUCAUCAAGCACACUAUUAUCCACACUGGUGAGAAACCUUACGUUUGCACUGUAUGCAGGAUGAGAUUCAGCGCUCAGUCUAAUUUAACACGCCACACGAAGACUCAUUCAGGGGAGAGGCCGUAUAGUUGCUCCUCUUGUGGGAAGAAAUUCAUUCGACGCUCCCAUUUACUUAUUCAUAUGAAGACUCAUGCAGUGGAGCGUCUCUAGAGGUUAUAAGAUGUGCUUCUUUGUGGUAUUUAUUUGAUAAUAUCCCAUACGGAGUUGACAAGGAAUCACAUUAAAAAGGAUAAUUGUAUGAAAUAAAAACAUUUUGUAAAGACCCAUUAGGAGGCGUGCUGCUAAUCAACAACCAUAAAUAUGUAUAUAAAUGUUGUAUAAUUGUACAAAUCUUUAUAUUAAAAAAAUAGUUUGCUUAUG